UGAUAAAACGUGCGGGCCUUUCUAUUUACGUUGAACGUUUCAAUAUAUAUUGAGAAAUAUCUGUUUUACCCUAUCUUCGACCGUGAUGUUUCGACAUUGCCUCCUGCUUGUUAUUGUAUUGUUCAUUGAAAAAGGCUAUACACAAGUUGAUACUUGUCGAGGAGGAUGGGAAUUUUUUCAAGAAAGUUGUUAUUACUUUGGGACCCAGAAGGCCACUUGGCCGGAAGCUGAGGCGUAUUGUAUGAGCAUGAAUUCCAUGUUGACGGAGAUUGAAACAAACGUAGAGAACAAUUUCCUAGAAUCCCGAUUAAGGGCAAUCCACAACCACACUUCAACAACAGAUCAAAACGAAGUUUCCUAUUGGUUGGGAGGAAAUGAUAUCGAAAUAGAGGGGGUAUUUAAGUGGGUGAAAUCGGACGCGCCGUUGAUAUUCACUGAUUGGAAUCCUGGACAACCAGAUGAUGCUAAUGGUGAGGACUGCAUGGAACUCAGGGGUGCGUUCCAUUACCACUGGAAUGAUCUUCCUUGCACCGUCCCUCACCACUUUAUCUGCGAAUCAUCAGCGUUUGAAGCCCCCAUCAUAGGAAAGUGAAGAUGAAAAAGAAAACAUCUUAUAUUACUUCUGUACUCAACUAAAAUUUUAAUUUGA